UUUUAAGGAAAAAAGACAAGUUACUGAUAUUCUAUAAUUGGCAAUAAAAAAUGCAAAUCCUCUAAACCACCCUUAAUUUCUUGUUCUUCCCUCGUUCCUCUUUUUAUGGAUCAUCUCAUCUCUUCCCCUGUCAUAAUCAAGAGACAACUCUGCUACGCCAUUACCGUCCUAACAAUCUCCACCUCUGCCCUUCUUCUCAAUCUCAGGGGCUCUUUUGCACCACUAUCUGUCCUCCGUUUCGGUUUCUUGUCGUGGGGAAAAACGUGUGAUUAUUCUUACGGCAGAUGGGUUCCGGACCAAAGAUCCUCGCUUCAACUUUACGCCGAGAGCUGCCCGUUUCUUGAUCCCGGCUUUCGGUGUCGGAAGAAUGGAAGAAAAGACGUAGAGUAUCUCAAAUGGAAGUGGCAGCCACACGGCUGUGAUAUUCCCAGAUUCAACGCUAGCGACCUUCUAGAAAGAAGCCAGAACGGAAGGAUAGUGUUUGCUGGCGAUUCUCUGGGAAGAAACCAGUGGGAGUCUCUGAUAUGCAUGCUUGCAGAGGCAGUCCCAAACAAGUCAACCAUUUUUGAAGAAAAUGGUAGUCCAAUAACAAAGCACAAGGGCUUUCUCUCGAUGCGAUUCCUUCACUAUAACCUCACAGUGGAGUAUUACAGAGCUCCUUUCCUAGUCGUGGUUGGUCACCCUCCUCAGGAUUCACCCUCCCAAGUUAGGAUGACAGUUAGAGUCGAUGAGAUUAGCUGGUACUCUAGACGCUGGACAGCAGCGGAUGUUAUCAUUUUUAAUGCAGGACAUUGGUGGAACGAGGAUAAAACCGUUAAAAUGUAUAUCUCUCUGCUUCUCUCUCUUUUCCAGAAUAAUUGUUGUCCAAGUCUAGUGAAGGAAGAUAUCAUUCUGUGUUUUUAGGGGCUGCUACUUUCAAGAAGAAGGGAAGCUGAACAUGACAAUGGAAGUGAUGGAGGCUUUUCGAAG